CUGUGAACCCUGUGAACGCUUCCAGUAUCACUUACUUACCUGAGUAAUGCUGCUGCGAACCAUUCGAUCUCUAAUGGGAGUUGGUCAGUUACCUCGCCGUCAUCGGUUUUACUCCCGGAAGGCUGACACGUGUAAUCCCGGUCCGACCUCGUCAAUCACGUACGAGGUUGUCGAAGCGUGCGCGUUGAAAUGCCGACAGCGCCCUUGAAUGCAGGCCUGAUGCCGUGAGUUUGGUUUGCUGCAGAUGCCAGAGCGUUUGCGAUGCAUGCCCCAGGAGCGGGACCCCCUAUUCACAGCCAUGGUUGAGUACAACUACCACUACGCCGUCGGGAAGAUGGUGCCCAUGUUUGAGAAGUCCAUGAUGGGGCGGCAGAGGCUGACGGACGAGCAGCGCAAGCACCGCGUCGAGGGUAUCAUGCGCAUCAUGGGGUCGUGCUCCGCCUGCAUCGAGGUGACCUUCCCCGUGAAGCGGGACGAUGGCUCCUUCACCCUCAUCACCGGGUACCGGGCGCACCACAGCGUGCACAAGAUGCCGGUGAAGGGAGGUAUCCGGUACAGCGAGGACGUGAGUUCGGACGAGGUGAAGGGCCUGGCCGCCCUCAUGUCCUACAAGACGGCCUGCGUCAACGCGCCCUUCGGCGGGGCCAAGGGCGGGAUCAAGAUAAACCCCAAAGAGUUCAGCGAGAACGAGUUGGAGAAGAUCACCAGGAGGUACACGCUGGAGCUCGUGAAGCGCGGCUUCAUAGGCCCCGGCAUCGACGUCCCCGCCCCGGACAUGAACACGGGGCCGCUGGAGAUGAGCUGGAUCGCGGACCAGUACGCGAAAACUCUCGGCCACUCCGACAUCAACUCGUACGCCACGGUCACGGGCAAGCCCAUCAACCUGGGCGGCGUGGCGGGGCGGCAGGACGCCACGGGGCGCGGGGUCUACAUCGGCACCAACUGCUUCAUCCGUGAACCCGAGCUCAUGCAGCAGAUAGGCCUGUCGCCCGGCUGGCAGGACAAGACGUACGUGGUGCAGGGCUUCGGCAACGUGGGCUUCCACACGGCCCGGUUCUACUCCAAGGCCGGCGCCAAGUGCAUCGGUGUCAUCGAGUGGGACUGCGCCAUCAGGAACUGCCAGGGCAUCAAUCCUCACGAGCUCAUGGAACAUCUCAAGAAAACCGGUAGCAUCAGGGACUUCCCCGGCUCGGAGGCGGUCGACCGCGACGAAUUACUUUGUGCUGAGUGCGACAUCCUCGCGCCGUGCGCCACGGAAAAGGUGGUGCAUCUGGACAAUGCAGGCAACAUCAAGGCGAAGAUUAUUGCCGAAGGAGCAAACGGCCCCCUCACUCCUGCGGCAGAUAGGAUCCUGAUGGAGAAGAAUGUAUUAAUUAUUCCUGACAUCUAUUUAAAUGCUGGAGGAGUUACAGUUUCCUACUUCGAAUGGGUCAAAAAUGUCAAUCAUAAGUCGUUUGGCAGAUUGAGCCUGAAGUAUGAAGAGGGAACACAACUGCAUCUCCUUGAUUCAGUGGAGAAGUCUUUAAACAAGUCCCUUCCUAACUGCAACAUAGAAAUUCGACCAUCAGAAGAAUUCAGACGCAGAUUAAUAGACGCAUCAGAAAAAGAAAUAGUCAGAGCAAGCUUGGAGGCAACGAUGGAAAAGACAGCAGCAGAAAUUAAAUUCAUGGCUAAGGAACAUAAUUUGGGAAUUAAUAUGAGAAUUGCUGCCUACUGUAAUUCACUCUACAAAAUUUAUAAAUGCUAUGAAGAGGCUGGUUUAACUUUAUAGGUUUUACUGCACAUUAUUGCCAUUUUAUCUUUGUGAUUCACAUUUAGUGUAUAAUAGAGUAAAAUGGCCAUUUUCCUAAGUAUUUAUACUCUGUACUAUUUUAUUGUAUUUAAGCAUAUCUGUUCAAUGAAGAACUUUUUUCAUAAUUUAUGUUUUCAUUUCAUUACUAACUAUUUGUUGCAGUGCAAAUUUUGCAAUAAAUUCCUUAUGUUUUGAAAGAGUUGUGGAGAGAGUGUAAUUACUGUUUAUGACAAAAUCUUUAAAAAAAUAAAAUGAUAACAUAGACCA